AUGUCCGGCUCCACGACCGCGUCUGCGCGACGCAUCUCUUCCAUUGGCCCUCUCCCCGAAAGGGCCGGCCACCGGGCCUCGCUUAGCUACUCCGGGCCCCUCGCCAGUUCGACGAACGGUAUCUCUCGGCACCGCCGAAACAGCACAGCAGAGCGACGGCGCUCGCCGCCCAUCGCGUGUUCCCCAUCCGACUUUCGGGGUGCAUUCACCCAGGGCCAAGCGCGCCGCAUGAACUUUGCCGGCAGCGUCAAGCUGUCCGGUGUCGAGGGCAGCAGCCCAGGCGACCGGGCGCAGAGCCUCGAGGCAGGCAAGACCCGACGCAUCACUAUUGGUGGCUUGGGCGCCAUGGGUGGUGCCGCCACGAGGGGACGCGAUGUCAGCGCUGGUAGGGCUAGUGUUGGCUGGCGAUGA